AUUUAAUGGUACAACGUAUAGCAGCAGGGGCAAGAAACGCUUGUAGAAUAUAUAAAAAUAAAUUCACGUUCCACAUACCUGAUAACAAGCGCAAUCGAAAUAAUUCAUUUUUCUUCUUAGUAGAGUUCUUAUUUUUACGAAGACAAGCUAUACGGAUCGUGGUAUUUUGUUAACAUUCCGAAUUCCCUCACUUUUUAUUUGUCAACUAACAACAAAAUAACAGGGACCGUUUCCUGUAUUCAAUAUUAGAUACCCCCUCGCGCCCAAAACGCCCACAAGAUUUUAUUAUUCUCGAGCUCAAGAAAUAGAAGGCAAAAAGAGCAAUAAUUAUAUUUAUCAAUUUUCAGCCUUCAGCCCGAAGGAAACUAUCUAAAUCCCAAUUCUGCUCGUAUUUGAAGAUAUUACCUUUUCUAAUCAGUAUUUCUUCUUUGUCUAUUUUAAAACCCAAUCCAUCAAACGCGUAGUUGUCGUGUAUUAGAGCGAGUCGUUGGGAUUAAUUGGCCCAGCACGUUCAUUUUAUUUUCUUUCUUAAUUUCACCACUCGUUUAUCUUCUUUUUAACUUUCCAAAGUUCAACUUGAACCAUUUUUAUUUUUUCUCCUGCUACAACAAGGAACUUCUUUAAUAUCACAAUCUCUCAGCCAAAAUGAUGUCCAGUCUCAGAUGUGCCAGCAGUGCUGCUCUCUUGUUCUCUCUCGCAGCUGUCUCCUUCUCAUAUCCACGACACCCGAUGGACUUCAAGAGGAAUUCGGAACCAUGGGAGGCUCCUGAGAGCGACAUCUCACUCGGAGCCGAGCAGAACUUUGAAGAACCUGAGAUGAGCGACCCAGUUGACAUGCAAGAGUCUUUUGAACUGGCGAAACUCCGACAGUACCCUGAACUAUACGACGAGUACGUGCAAGAGCUACGCGAGAUGGAAAUUCUGGACCAAUUUGUGUACAAAUUGCACAGUUUGGGCUACAAUGAUAAUGAGAUCUUGCAAAUUUUGGACGAGUUGGAAUCGGAAGCCGCUUUUGAUGUCGACGCGUACCCUCAGGAGUCAUAUCCCGGCAAAGAAUCUUAUGGACCCGAUGACGAAAAAACCGAUUCAGAAGACGAAUACGACAACGAAGUCAAGAGAUCCGAAGAUGCCAACGAUGAUGAAGAAUACGAGGAACAAGAAGACGACGAAGAUGACCUUGAAAAAGAGUUCGAGUCCCUUCGAGAAAAUUUGGAUCAUGAGUCUGGGAAACAAGAGGCAGAUAUGGACGACGAGGAAAAAAUGCUUGAGGAGGAAAUGAGUCACGAGGAGGAAGAAACCGCGGCAAUGGAGGCGGAAUUGAGAGAGAUUGAAUACAUUGCGGAUGAGUUGGAGGCCAGGGGUGCCACAAAGGAACAGAUUGAAGAUUUUUUCAAAGAAGAACUGGGAAUUGACGUCGAAUUUGAAGAGGACGAGGAUGAAGAUGAAAAUGAUGACGAAGACGACAAGGAAGUUAAAAAGGACGAGAAAGAUGAUGAAGAUGACGAAGAAGACGAUGAAGCGGAAGAUGAUCAAGAGGGUGACGAAAACGAAGACGAAAAAGAAAACGAAGACGACCAAGAAGACGAAGACGAAGAAGAUGAAGACCAAGAAGAUGAGGACGAAGAAGACGAAGAUGAUUUUGGGCCUAUGCGACGAGAAGAAUACAUCAAACACAAACUGGCUGCAGCUCCUGUUAAUUACAUGUCCAAGUUCGCUGGAGACCACAGACUGGACAACAAAGACGAAGACGAAGACGAGGAAGAAGACCAAGAAUCUGAGCCUGAGAUGCGUCAGAGAGCCUACCCCUUCCGAAAGAGAUCCCUGGAAGAAGUGAAGGAGAAGAAGCAAGACCUGGAUGAGGACAAGGAGGGUAUUGCAGGGGAGCACUACUGGGUGAAGGACAAUGAGGGGGAAGCGGAUGAGAAGGAAAGCAGACUGCAAAAAAUGUUCAACCAGUUGGGAUAUCUGGAGUUCCAGCCUCACUAAACGAUUGUCGCAACAAACUCAGAGGAAACAGCAGAAGCAUAAAGUUUAAAAAGCAGAGAAAAUGAGAGAAGAAACUCAGGUCACAAACAGUGAAACAUUGAUGCCAUCGUGUGUGUACAACCACUGAAGUGUCCAAAAUUAUUUACCAAAAUUAAUUAUAUUAUCCAUAACCUCUGGUAACAUAUGAGUUGAACUAUUUGUGCCAUUUUUGACACUUAGAGUGAACUUGUAUUCAUUGAGUGAUAAAUUUUGAAACUGCUGGCAAAAAACAUAUUGUAGUAAAGUAAUAUUUGAGAGAAUUUAUUUAUUAUAAAUAUGGAGCAUUCUGAAUUUGAUUUUUUGAUAAAAUCA